UUCUCUCUUAACAUGCGGGGAAGGUCGUAGCGGCGCGGCGGAGCGCGCGGGGAGGCGAAUUCCCCGCUGAGCGUUAUGUGCGCCUUCUAUUUGCAAUUGCAGAGCAAUAUAUUCGGCGGUCUGGACGAGAGCCUGCUGGCCCGCGCCGAAGCCCUGGCAGCCGUGGACAUCGUCUCUCCCGGCAAGAGCCACCACCCGCACCCGCCGCACCACAGCCCCUUCAAGCCGGACGCCACGUACCACACCAUGAACGCCAUCCCCUGCACGUCGGCCGCCUCCUCUUCGUCGGUGCCCAUCUCGCACCCGUCCGCGCUGGCGGGCGCUCACCACCACCACCAUCACCACCACCACCACCACCACCCGCAGCCGCACCAGGCGCUGGAGGGGGAACUCUUGGAGCACCUGACGCCGGGGCUGGCGCUGGGCGCCAUGGCG